AAAUUGAUGAGGAAAUCUAAUAAUGAAUAGACUCUUCCUGCUCAAGGAAAUGCCAUUGACAAACAAUUCUACUAUAAUCUCCUAUCUCUCGAGAAGGCUAUCAUUAAAGAACCACAUCUCGAUGCUGUACAAUAGGCCUUGGCUAUGUAUAGGUAUUUUUUAUUGCAUAUUCACCAAUAGAAAGUGUGUGGAGUACUUUGACAACAUACAGGAUCCCAUCAAAUAUUACUUUUUGGACAAAAUCCAAUAAGCCUUGAGUGAAACCAAAACACUUAUGCUCAUCAUCAAUUCCAAAUCCGAAUUAGAGUCCUCCAAAACUAUCAGUCCAGUCAAAAGAACCUCCAUGUCUGACCUACCCUCACCCUAAUUGUCUGAUUAAUAGGUUAUGGAUAAGAAACUCAGAUCAAAAUAAGUCACAUUAUAAAUUAAGUUGCAUGAAGCCGCGGAUUAAUAAUGUAAACUAUACACACAUACAUUCUAGCUGAAAUACUCAAUACUAUGGUCACUGACUUCACAACUAAUACAACAAGUACGGAUUAGAAGGUUAGGCAGGAUUUAAAUUAAUAAGCAGACAUAAUAUAAGCCAGAUUACUCAAGAGAUAGUAAAGCACAAAAAUAAAAGGUUGUUCAUCAAUGCAAACAUUGUUUUGA